CAAUUAUUCAAUUUUCUUUCAUUUCAUUUUAUAACGUGGAUCGGACAUUAGCUUCAUGUAUUUUGUACUUGAUUUAUGUUGUGUACAUUAAAAAUAAGUCGUUUUAAUAAACAUCUAGAGCGACUUUGUUUUAAAUAACAUGAUAAUGUGAAGUAACAUUGUACUAAUUUCAAGAUGGAAAUGGAUACAACGAUGGAUGCUAAUGGUGAUAUUUUCAUUCAUCGUUUGAAAGAAUUGACAGACGACGAAAAGCAACGCUUGGUGCAACAAAACUCACGUAUUAUUCCAGAAGCUAAAGCUGCUAAAUUAGAACGGGAAGCUAAACGGCAUUGGGACAUAUUUUAUAAGCGUAACGAGACGAAGUUCUUCAGAGACCGGCAUUGGACAACACGUGAGUUUCAAGAGCUAAUAAAUUUUGAGCCAGAUCAGAGAAUUGUAUUCUUAGAGCUCGGAUGUGGCGUUGGCAAUAUGAUAUUUCCUCUAGUCGAGGAAGGAUUCACAAAUUUCUAUUUUUACGCAUGUGAUUUCUCACCACGUGCAGUUGAGUUCGUUAAGACUAACAAGUUGUAUGAUGAAAAUAGAAUGAAAGCAUUCUGUGCUGACUUGACUACAGACGAUUUGUUCGAGAAUGUUCAAGAAGACAGCGUUGAUAUAGCGAGUUUGAUUUUCGUAUUGUCGGCUAUUCAUCCUUCCAUGUGGUCCCAAGUAGCGAAGGUAGCGUUUAAAGUUCUUAAGCCGGGUGGAGUUCUUUUGUUUCGAGAUUAUGGAAGAUAUGACAUGGCUCAGUUGCGAUUUAAACCGGGUCACAAAAUUUCGGAGAACUUUUACAUGAGGCAGGAUGGCACUAGGAGUUAUUAUUUCACAGAAGAAGAACUGGCCAAGUUAUUCUCUGAAGCUGGUUUUGAGAUCACCAUGAACACAUACGUCCAACGCAGGACAGUGAACUUCAAGGAAGGAAUUGAUGUCCCUCGUAUUUUUGUACAAGGCAAAUACAAGAGGCCAGCUCUCUAAGAUGCUGUCCUUUUAAAAACAUGUACAACACUGGAAGUACUAAGGUACAUGGAGUUCCCUUUUGGCUUCAUAUAUUGAUAUCAGAUACUUUGCCAGCUAACAAGGAAAGCAAUCAUGGAUACCAUGUAGAAUAUUUUGCUCAAUUUUUAAUGGCCGGAAUAGGAACUAAAUGCAAUUAAGCAGCAACUUCAUACAAAGCUGAUUCUGAAGAGAUAUAUGAAUAAUGUUACUUAGGAAUUGAGAAAGAAAUAAAAAAGGGAGGAUGUGCAAAGAAACCAUCUGGUACGACUUAAAGUUGACCCAAAUUAUUGAAAGAUAACCUCUGACUUCUAAACAAUAAUGACAACAAAGCACAAAAAAAUUAAACAUACAACAUCAGUUUAUGAGCCAUGAUAUAGAUGGAUUGCAGGAAAGUUGAUGCAACACUGCAGUAACCAGUCGCAAAAAUAGAGAUAAAGUAUUUCCGUGCCAUCUCAGCAGUGCACUUGAAAAGAACUGAAAGAAAACGAGAAGAUUGAAUUGGAUCUGCUACCGUUGAAGAAUUACAUGUAUUGUAAAUAUUUUCAUUGGAGCUUAUAGAUGUCACCAAGAUUACAUUAUCAGCAUUGAGUAAUCAAAUCCAAAAUGUAUCAUUUUGGGAACUAUAUAUAUGAAUGAUUAAUAAUCGAUCUUUUUUACAAGAUGUAGAGCGUCCAUCAAGACUGAAGAAAAUUUAUUUGAACAUUUCUUAUAAGAUAGUUUAAAAAAAAACUUGAUAAAUAAAAGUCUUCAUUUCUA